GCACCUCGACAAGUUGACUUAACCUAACAACUAAAUUUGUUUUGAUCUUCUAUAGUGAAGGCGCACCAGGAUCACUGCGAAAUGUAUCCCAAUCCCGGGGCUGCCUAUGCACCCCCAGCCCCAUCAGCCCCUGCUGCCCCCUCAGCUCCAGCAUAUGGAGUUGUGCCGGGGUAUGAGGAUUACAUGGGUGGAGGGGGGGCAGGUGGGUUUGUGCCUCCUCCCGCUCCUCUGCACCCAGUGCCCAGCCCAGACGGCCCUCCCGGACCAGUUGACUGGAACAUCCCUUCCAUCUCAGAGGCUGAGGCAAAGAACGCCUUUCUGGAGUACGCUAGCAGUAACUGCUGUUAUAGCAGCGCCCCGGCCACAGAUGGCGUCAUAACCAGCAUGCAGUCAUUCAACACCUACCGGUAUCGCCUGGAAACCUUUACUGAAUCCCGAACCACUGAAUGGAAGACAGAGCCAUAUACAGGACAAAAUCUGGACAGUGGACCAGCGCCAGCCCCUCCUCCAUGGGCUGUGCAUGUGCAGGUCCCUGAGAUGUUUAAGGACAAGGAGGACAAUGUUAAAGUGCCCAACACCUCUACUGUAAAGGGUUGCCACGUUUGCAGUGAGACAGGGCAAACCCGUUGCGAGCAAUGCAAUGGCACUGGCAAGAAACAAUGCACCGUUUGCAGCGGCAGUGGCAAAAGGCUCUCAGAGACGUGCGAUACCUGCUCAGGAACAGGCCAUGAAAGCUGUAUGGCAUGCUUUGGAAAUGGGUUGGAGAAGUGUAAGACCUGUGACGGGACGAAGCAGAUUGUGACCUUCAUCAAUCUCAAGGUUGAAUGGAAGAAUAACCUGGAGGACUAUGUGGCUCAGCAGGCCAGUGGUAUGAACAUUGAGUACCUCUCCUCCGUCACCGGGAAAAGGCUCUUUCAGGAUGAACAGUAUAUGGUGUACCCAGUGUUUGGCUUUCCAGAUCCAAAUCUAUCUCAGGCAUCUGAGAAAAUGGUCCAGGAGCACCAGAGCAAAUUUGGCCAGAGUUCCCGAAUUCACAAGCAGAAACACACAAUUGAACUGAUCCCCAUUACCAAAGUCAACUACAGCUGGAAAGACAACCCUCACAUUUACUACGUCUUUGGGAACGAGUUGCAAGUCUCCGCUGACGACUACCCUGCAACAUGCUGCUGCUGCACCAUCAUGUAGACUCGUCACAGACGACACCAUCAGCAUUUCUCCAGAAGUAAAAGGAUUUCCUCUCUUCAAUAUUUACGACAGUAUGCUGAAACCAUGAACCAUUUCUUCAUAGCACUGCAGUUUGGCCAUACAAACAAUGGGGCAUGAAACACAUGAAUGGCUGAGAGGCAAGGGAUUGGUUGUGUGCUUCUGUCCAUAGCGGUUUACACAGGUCUAUGUUGUUCAAGGCUCAAUUUUAUUAUAUUGUAACGAUGUGCUGCUUGUCCUUUUACAUCACUAUACUGUACUGUACUGUCUUGGCAGGAUAAGCCAUGCCUAUAUUACACCUUUAUCUAUUACUAUAAUCAUUUUUAUUAUAACCACAUUUAUGGUAGCUUCCAGUAUUACUACUCAGAUCCAGUACACCACAGCAGUAAACCGUUUAUUACAAUCGGUAACUGUACAGCCUUAACAUCCUGCCACUUUGCCUACAACUACAACAGAACCACUACACCGUGCAGCCUUACAAGGCUUUGAAAACUGUUUUUCCUAUUUAGCUUAGUCACCUUAUUUUGUGUUGGGGCAUGUUAGAACUUACUGCAGUACUGCUGGAGGCAGAAUGCAGACUGCUUAUUGAUUACUGCACCGUUGAAACGUGUCCAUUGAGCUGGCUAAAUAUGAAAUGGCAUGAGAGAAUAAUAGACUAGAAUAGAGGAAAAUAUUUGUCUGAUUUGCAACUCUGCAUGUCUAAUACCAACUAACACUAUGAUCAAGCUUAGACACACACAAAACAUGAUAGUUUUCACGCUAAUUAUUUACGUACUGUUAGUCAGAAGAACCUCAAAUGACCAUCGAACAUUAUGUGGAUGCAAUAUUUGUUUUCUGUAGUCUCCACAGAAAGUGUCUUUGAAGUCCUUUCAGAAAAGCUGUGUAUAUUGUGCCACCUUACUGUAGGCUACAAUUGUACUGCUGUACAGUCAUGAGACAGCCUGUGUAAGUCUCUGUCAAGUGACUGGCUUGGUAUUUGUUAUUUUAAAAAGUGUUUUUGUAUGUAUGGGCAGGUUCAAAUUCUCAUGUAUCGUGUAGGCCUACUUAAAGGGCUGUGUAUAAGUUUGCAAACUACUAAUCAAGGUAUUUGUUGCUUAUAAGUGACUAACCAUAACAUGCUCGUCAACAUUUCCCCAUAGCAAAUGUGGAGGAUGCCAACCAAUGUGCAGAAAAAAAGCUAUCAAAUAAAAGAAUGCUGCUUUUAUUGUGCAUAUUGUUUAUCUACUUUUUAGGUACGUUGUCCACACAAGAGUAGACUUAAUUUACCACCAUUUUGGUUUAAUGUAUGAUUA